ACCAAUCAGUUUAUGCCAAGUCAAUCUUUUCAUUUAAUUUCUUUCGUAAUCAAUUUCUUUUUUCUUAAUUGUCAUUCCAAUUGUAAAUUUAUUUAAUUAAUUGUUUCUUUUUUUGUUCCAAAUUCUAAUUGUUUAAAGUGUUUAGGUUACUCUUUUUAAUUAUCAACAUGAGGUUAAUUUGUGUCUGGUCUUUACUUGUGUUGAUGACAUCGCUAUUUUGUCAAGGUUAUGGCUUGACGGUGAUGUCAGUAGAUGUUGGCACGGAAUCUUUGAAAAUUUCCAUUGUCUCAGCUGGUAAACCUAUGGAGAUUAUUUUAAAUACUGAUUCACAAAGGAAAACACCAUUGGCUGUUGGUUUCCGUGAUGGUGAAAGAUUAUUUGGUGAAGCAGCGAUGACAACUGCUGUGAGAUUUCCCGAUAAAGUGUUUACCUAUUUCUUAGAUUUAAUUGGUAAAAAUUAUGAUUCACCGGCAGUCAAAUUAUUUAGAAAUAGAUUCAAGUAUCACAAUAUUACAAAAGACGAUGAAAAAUCUACAAUUAUCUGGAAUCAUCCUGAAGGUAUGGCCUUUACUCCAGAGGAGCUUUUGGCGAUGAUCAUUGGCAAGGCUAAAAGUGAUGCUGAAAUUGCUUCUGGGGAUAAACAAUACAUACAAGAUGCUGUGAUCACUGUUCCACCCUAUUUUUCUCAAGCGGAACGACGAUCUCUCAUACGUAGCGUUCAAUUGGCAGGAUUAAAAGUCUUACAAUUGAUUAAUACAAAUACCGCUGUAGCUUUAAACUAUGGAGCCUUUAGAAGAAAAGAUUUUAAUGAAAGUGCAAAUCAUAUUCUAUUCUAUGAGAUGGGAGCCUCAUCAACUAUCGCUUCUGUUGUCGCUUAUCAAACAGUUAAAACGAAAGAAGCAGGUUUCGUUGAAUCUAAUCCACAAUUAACCAUAAAAGGAAUUGGUUUUGAUCGUAAUCUAGGUGGACUUGAGAUGCAAAUUCGUCUAAGAGAUCAUCUUGCCAAACUUUUUACUCAACAAAUAAACAACAAGUACGAUGUUUAUUCAAAUAAACGAUCGAUGGCCAAGCUUUUUAGAGAAGCAGGUCGACUUAAGAAGGUACUUUCCGCCAAUAGUGAGCACAUGGCCCAAGUUGAAAAUGUUCUAAAUGAUAUUGACUUGAAAGUUCCAGUAAAACGAUCUGAUUUUGAAGAUCUUUGUGCUGAUCUUCUUAACGAUCGACUUACAAAACCUGUAAUCGUUGCAUUGGAAUCAGCUGGUUUAACUAUUGACAAUAUCGAUCAAAUCAUCUUAUUUGGUGGUAAUACUCGAGUUCCUAAAGUUCAACAAGCUCUUCUUGAUUACUUUAAAAUAACCGAUCUUGGUAAAAGUGUUAACGCCGAUGAAGCAGCAGCUCUUGGGGGAGCAUAUCAAGCAGCUCAUUUAAGUAAAGGAUUCAAAGUGAAAACAUUUAUCAUUAAAGAUUCAAAUCUUUAUCCCAUUCAAGUUGAUUUCGCAAGAGAAAUUGUCGUCGAUGAUGGAUCUAAAAAGACAAAAAUAAUGCAACGAACCCUUUUUACCAAGGGUAACCUUUACCCAACUAAAAAAGUGUUGGUAUUUAGUCGGCAUGCUGAUGAUUUUGAAUUUUACAUCAACUAUGGUGAUCUUAGUUUCCUUUCCCGUGAGGAUAUUGGUAACAUUGGAGCAGUCAACAUCACCAAAAUAUCAGUAAAAGGAGUUGAUGAAGCAAUUGAAAAGCAUAAGAAUGAAACCAAAGAGUAUAAAGGUAUACGAGCUCAUUUCCGAAUGGAUGAAAGUGGAGUAUUAAACUUGGAAACAGUUGAGGCCGUUUUUGAAAGGGAAAUUGAGGAGAUCGUUGAACCAAAAGAGGAAGAAAAUGUUGUCGGUGAUGCUUUUGCUAAAUUUGGUAACACAAUUAGUAAACUUUUCGGUGGUUCCGAGGAAUCAGCACCAACAUCUAGUGAAACAAAGUCUGAUGAACAAUCAACCGGUGAAACAUCAAGUGACAAAAUAAGUGAUACACCAAACGCAACUGAUUCAUCUUCCAAUGAUACCGAAAGUACUGAACAAAAAGAAAUUAAAAAUGGUACCGAAGAAGCUUCUCCACCCAAAACCGAGAUUAAGAUUAAAACAAUUAAGGAACCAGUGACAGUGGAAAGGAUUGAACUUGAUUUACAAGGACCAAAUGAUGACGAGGUUAAUGAAUCAAUGAAAAAAUUGCAAAAACUUUCAGCUAAAGAUGAAGAGAAACAAAAGAGAGAUGGAUUGAAGAAUAACCUUGAAUCUUUCAUCCUGGAAACUCGGAUUCGACUCACUGAAAAUGAAGCAGCUUCAACGCCCGAACAGAGAGAGAAAAUGUUGAAAGCAUUGGAUAAAACUUCAGAAUGGUUAGAAUAUGAAUCUGAUGGAGCAGAUUCUAAAGCAAUAGAGGGAAAAUUUUUCGAAUUAUUAAAAGCAGCACAAGAUGUUUUCGAAAUUGUUAAAGAGCCCGAAGAGGAACCUACGACCACCACCACCACCACUACUACUACAACUCCUCCUCCUUCUACCACCUCUACCACAACCCCUACACCCGCUACUACCACUACGAAAAUUCCUAAUGAAGAGUUAUAAGAGUGUUGAUGAUUAGUGUUGAUCGUUGGUAAAUAUUGAUAGAAAUUAUCAUGAUAAUGGUUUUAUCAAUCGAGUAAUUGAAUAGCUUGUGAUGGAGAAAAACAAUAUUUCUACCUACCUGUUGAUGAUUUGCAGAAAAUUCAAGUAAAUUUUGGCAAAUUUCCAUUUAUUUUCAUCUACUUUUGAUAGAUUUUCGGCAAAUUCAAUAAACCUUUAUUGACCAUCGUAUGGACAAUCGUCUCUUUCAUCAUUCUUUAAGUUUAAUCUAACUUAUUGGUCAUUAUCAUUCAACUGAAAGUAUACUAAUGACAUUAUUUUUAUUUUUUCUUAAUUUUUUACACCGAAAUGCUGAAAAUAUACAUGGAAAGAAUUGAUUGGCCUUAAUGGGCAAAAAGUGAAAAAAACUUACCGAAAAUCUAUGAAAAGUGAUGAUUAAACUUACUCUGUACCGAAUGAUCAUCAACAUCACAACCAAAAUCAAUAUUAUCGAUUGUUGAUAAUGUUAAUCUGUCUUUCUUUCAUCAUCGCCAAAGAUGUCGAAAUAAUCAUCACAAUCUCUGGUCAUUAAAUAGCAAUUGAUUAGAGAUGGAGAUGCUUUUAAACUCUCCCGAAAAACUGUAAAUAAUAAAACAUGAAACGAAAAUAAAUUAUGUUUGUAACUAAA